AUGCAGCUGGUCAGUUCUUUCUUCGUGAUCCUCAGCACGGUUCCCAGGGUCGGUGCUGAUGAAUCCUGCGCCGCCCCGCAGGCAGUCCCUGUGUGGAAUGUUUGCGCCUUCGGGCGCACUGGGAGUGGCAAGAGUACGACAGGCAAUGUCUUACGAAGCAAUUCUUCCCAGGAAGACGUGUUUCGGGCCUCAGAUAGUUUCUCAUCGGUGACAGACACCGUGCAAGCUGCAACUUGGGAGCGCUUUGGUGUUCGCUACUUGUAUGUAGAUACCCCUGGCGUAUUUGACACUUUCGUCAGCCAUGCGGAUGUGAUCAAGGAGCUCUCCAAAGUGCCCAUGUUUGCAACGGCAGGCUGCCACGUCCUUUUGCUCAUGUUAAGCCCACAGAACAGGUUCACAAAGGAGGAGCAAGCGGCUGUUAACGGGAUAUUGGCACUCUUAGGUGGCUUGGAGAAAGUGCAGUCUCACCUUCUCUUGGCACUGAGCCAGGGACACGACUGGCCUCUCGAAAGGGUGUGGGCGGCAGCCAAGUCUAGUCGUCAGCACGAGCUUCAAUCCCUGCUGCAGCUUCGGUGGGAUUUCACUGUGAGCAUGAACAUAUACAAUGAAAGCACCCGUGAGCAAAGUGCCGGAGCAGUUCACAAUGCUAUCUCGAGAUUGGUGUGCGCAAACGGUGAACGUCCGUACACGAAUGAGUACUUGGAGACGGCUUCCUCACGCUUGGAAGAGAUCUUGGAAGGUCUUGACCCAGCAGCCGCAGGGGAGAAGAAAGCCCGCCAGCAAGAAGCCAAGAUGCAGGAGCAGAUUCGACGAGCGCAAGAAGCUCAGCGAAAGAAGGUGGCUUUGCUGGAGGCACGGCUCCGAGAGAGCGAAAGGAGCCGCAAGGAGCAGCUUGUGUGGCGGAUUUGGCACUGGAGCGCAAGGCCGGGGCAGAUAACUCCAAUCUUCAACAUUCGACGUCCUGACUCCCUCGCUGUCUUGCGGGAGCUUGGGGACGGCAAUGUGCUGCAAUCGGUUGGCAAGGUCUGUACUGUGGAAGACUACAGCACAGGCAGCGGCAGGACCAAGGUCAGGGUAGACAAGAUUUGGGGAACAGGCACAGAUCAGUACGAGGCCAAGCUAUAUGUGUUGAGGUGA